CACUGAGCAUGCUCAGAGCGCUCAGUGUUGUCAGGCAAAAUAUAAGACAAGCAGUAGCGGCAGAGAUCUGCAAUAGAUAAACACAAAGGCUCACAUACACCAGCUGGAUUGCACGCAGAGACACGCCACAAGCCAACAGAGAAGAAGACGCUGCACGAUUGGGGGAUCGUUUCUCCGGUUUCUCUAAAAAUCCUAAUUUUAAUGGGCUUCUUGUCAUUGAAACUUGCAGUGGAAUACAGACGCCGAGCGGGGAGUGGGGGGGAAGCAGGUGUGCCCUUUAAGAGGGAGAGCUGCCGACGCGAGGACGGCAUCAUCCGAGUCUCCAUCCUCUGUGGAGGUUUUGCAGCUCUGACAAGUGCGAGUACGAGAGGAGGGUCUCUUCCAAAGCUCUAAGGCUUUCCUGUUAUCGUUCUGCCACCUGGAAAACGGCUGUGAUGGUCGGCACAACUCAAAGGCCCAAACCUGUCUGAGUGAGCCUUAUGAACAACAGAACCAAUGGACAUCAAAGCCCAGUGUUGGACAGACGAGGAGUCGGACGGGGAGAACGAGUCAGAACAGUUCCUCUACGGCAUACAGGGGAGCUGCGCUGCUGACCUGUACCGCCACCCUCAACUGGAUGCAGAUAUUGAGGCAGUAAAGGACAUCUACACCGACAGUGCUGUCUCUGUUAGGGAGUAUGGAACCAUUGAUGACGUGGACAUCGAUCUUCACAUCAACAUCGGCUUCUUAGACGAGGAGGUUGCGACGGCAUGGAAAGUCAUCAGAACCGAGCCCAUUAUUCUGAGACUGCGCUUUUCUCUUUCUCAGUACCUCGACGGACCUGAGCCAUCAGUUGAAGUGUUCCAGCCCUCCAAUAAAGAAGGCUUCAGCUUGGGGCUGCAGCUCAAAAAGAUCCUGAGCACAUUCACCUCACAGCAGUGGAAGCACCUCAGUAAUGAGUUCCUCAAGGCGCAGCAGGAGAAGAGGCACAGCUGGUUCAAAGCCGGCGGAACCAUCAAGAAGUUCCGCGCCGGGCUCAGCAUCUUCUCCCCCAUACCCAAGUCUCCGAGUUUUCCUCUGAUCCAAGACACAGUUUUGAAAGGGAAGCUGAGCGUCCCUGAGCUGAGAGUGACCCGCCUGAUGAACCGCUCCAUCUCAUGUACCAUGAAGAAUCCCAAAGGGGAGCUUUUCAGCUACCCACCAAACAGCCAGACUGUGGCUGUCCCGGCGGCCAGGGCCCCUGCGCAGAUUACCACGAGGCAGCUGAUUGAAUUGUUUUUCUCAUCCCAGGCGGGCGGCCACUGCAAGAACAUCCCUACCUUGGAGUAUGGCUUCUUAGUGCAGAUAAUGAAGUACUCGGAGCAGAGGAUCCCCACGCUCAACGAGUACUGCGUGGUGUGUGACGAACAGCACGUCUUUCAGAAUGGAUCGAUGUUGAAGCCGGCGGUGUGCACGAGGGAGCUGUGCGUCUUCUCCUUCUACACUCUGGGUGUAAUGUCCGGAGCUGCAGAGGAAGUGGCCACCGGAGCAGAGGUGGUGGACCUACUUGUGGCUAUGUGUAGAGCUGCACUUGAGUCUCCUCGUAAGAGCAUCAUCUUUGAGCCCUACCCAUCAGUCGUUGACCCCAAUGACCCCAAAACUCUGGCCUUCAACCCAAAGAAGAAGAAUUAUGAGAGACUGCAGAAAGCAUUGGACAGCGUCAUGUCCAUCCGGGAAAUGACCCAGGGCUCAUAUCUAGAGAUCAAGAAGCAGAUGGACAAACUCGACCCUUUGGCCCAUCCUCUGCUACAGUGGAUAAUUUCCAGUAACAGGUCUCAUAUCGUCAAGCUGCCUCUGAGUAGGCAACUGAAAUUCAUGCACACCUCCCACCAGUUCCUGCUGCUCAGCAGCCCCCCGGCCAAGGAGGCUCGUUUUCGCACUGCCAAGAAGCUUUAUGGCAGCACCUUCGCCUUCCAUGGUUCCCAUAUAGAGAACUGGCACUCUGUUCUGAGAAAUGGACUAGUCAAUGCCUCCUAUACCAAACUGCAGCUGCACGGUGCAGCGUAUGGAAAGGGCAUCUAUCUCAGCCCCAUCUCCAGCAUAUCUUUCGGAUACUCAGGAAUGGGCAAAGGACAGCACCGCAUGCCCACCAAAGAUGAACUGGUGCAGCGCUACAACCGCAUGAACACCAUACCACAGAGUCGUCCAAUACAGUCACGGUUUCUUCAGAGUCGAAAUCUGAACUGCAUCGCUCUGUGUGAAGUUAUCACUUCUAAGGAUCUGCAGAAACACGGCAACAUUUGGGUGUGUCCAGUGUCCGACCACGUCUGCACUCGUUUCUUUUUUGUGUAUGAAGAUGGCCAGGUGGGAGACGCCAACAUCAACACCCAGGAGCCCAAGGUGCAGAAGGAGAUCAUGCGUGUGAUCGGGACCCAGAUCUACUCCAGCUAAUGCCGGUUUCCCCGCAACACGCCUCUUCUGGGGCGGAGGCACACGGGCAGGCGGACAGCGAAUGUUUUUUUUUGG